AUGUUUUCGGAUUUGAUAUGUACUAAGGGAACAAUUGUAAUUAGUGGCGGUCUUGGUGGUCUUGCUAUUGAAAUGUCAAAAUGGAUGAUAAAGGAAUAUCAUGUAAAAAGAAUAGUAUUGAUGGCACGAAAAACAAUAGAAGAAUUGGAAGAAAAUAGUCCUCAAUUAAGAGAUUGGAAAUAUUUACAUCAAAUUGCACAAAAAUAUGAAUCAUUUGUGGAGCUUGUUAAAGUUGAUGUGACGAAAUUUGAUCAAGUUUUUAAUGCUAUUCAACGAAUCAAUAAAACAGAAUAUCCUGUACGAGGUAUUAUACAUACUGCGAUGGCUCUUCAUGAUACAUUAAUAAUGAAUAUGACACAAGAAAUGUUAACUAAAGUUAUGAGACCUAAAAUUCAUGGUGCUUGGAAUUUACAUCAUGCAAUACAAAUAACAAAAUCUCCGAUUCAUUUCUUUAUUAUGUUUUCCUCGGUUCAAAAUCAUUGUUUAACUGAAAUUGGUCAAUCGAAUUACAAUGCUGGUAAUAACUUCUUAGAUGCACUUGCUUAUUGGCGGUUUCAUUGCAAAAAACUUCCUGCUCUCUCAAUUAGUCUACCUGUUAUUUCAGGUGCUGGAUACGCUCAUAAGAAUGUUGAAAGUGCACAAUUAUUACGAGAUUAUGCAGUUCCAGCAACUUAUAUGUUUAAAAUGAUCGAAGAAAUUCACAGAAAACAACAAAUAUCAUUAAAUAUAACUGCACCAAUUGUUUUCUUGAUUAAAUGGAGUAAAGUAUUGAAAGGAAAAAAUUUAUCUAAAAAUCUUCAACACAUUGCUGAAGAAUUUAUUGAAAUUGAAAAGACAGAAGGAUCAUUAAUAGAUAAAAAAACAAAUUUAACAAAUGAAAUCAAUUCAACAGAUAUUUUAACAAAAAUUCAUAAAGCUGUUUCAGAAUUAUUCGGAUCAUUAAGUAUUGAUCGUGUCGAUCUAGAUAAACCACUAAUUCAACAAGGUAUGGAUUCGUUGGUUGCUGCUCAACUUCAUAAUUGGUUAGGAAAACAAUUGCAUAUUUUUCUUUCGGUUGUUGAAAUUUUACAUGGUAUGUCAAUAAAUGAUAUUGCAAAAUAUGUUUAUUCAAAAUCACUCAAAGAUAAUAUUAGUACUAUAAAUAUUACUAUUGAUGACAAUAUAUCUUCUAGAAUUGAAAAGAAAAAUGAAAAUGAAUCAUAUAAUAAUAAUAAUAAUAAUAAUAAUGAAAUUGAUAUUAUUGAUAAUGAAUCAUCAUUGAAUAAUAUGGAUUCAGAUGAAGUAUUAUAUACAGAAAAUUUAUCUACAAAUAUUCAUCAAUAUUUAAAAUUAAGUCAAAGAACAUCAUUAGCACAAGAAAGAAUAUAUUUACAUGAAAGAAUAUAUUUUGAUCAAGAAAACUCUACAGCAAUUUAUAAUGUUCCAUUUCUAUUAAAAAUUAUUCAUGGUACGAUAUCAGUAAAAAAAUUACGUAUAGCUUUAUUCAAAUUAAUUAAAAAAAAUCUUGUAUUACGUACAGGAAUUAAAUAUUCAAUGGAAGAUGAAUAUCUCAAACAAUAUAUUAAACCAAUGAAUGAAUAUAUUGAUGAUAAUAAUUAUAUUAUUGAUAAUCAUCAAGAAUAUUAUUCAUUUCAAAUGAGUAAUAUAUCAAAACAACAAGAAUUAGAACAAAUAUUAAUUAAUGAAAGAAAAACAAAAUAUUUUGACAUUGAAUCAGGUCUUGUUUUGAGAUGUCACAUUAUUUUUCAUGAAUCAUCAAAAAGAACAAUCGAUAAUGAUAAUUUAAUUCUUAGUGUAAAUGAUUAUAUUAUAUUUAAUAUUCAUCAUAUUGGUAAGUUACUAUUACAACAUUAA